CCACAUGUAUAAGUUUACGCACAACGGCAGAAGGAAAUAUUUGUGUGCAGUUUAUACUUCACUGGUUCUGCACCUUUUUUUUUGGUUUUUCUCUUAGAUUUUCGUUCGAUAAACUUACACUCCCCAACAAGACGACGACCUAGAAGCUAAAUACGUUGAAAAGAUGGCAAAUGAUACUCGAUCUGGUUGGAAGAUUAAGGAGAAUGAUAGCAAUAGUUCAAAGAGAAGGCUUAUUGGUCACGAAGGUUCGACUACUUCAGGUUUUGCAACAACAGAUAGUUCAGGUUUAAGGAGAUCCACUAGAGAAACAUCUUCAAGGAAUCAGAGUUGGUCAAGUACUUCAAUUAUGCGGAAAUCAGAGAGACUUGAGAAGCGGGCAUCAGCAAACCCUCCAAUUAAGAGGAAAUUUGAGCGAGAUGAGGAGCAAAGGAUGCCGGGUCCCUCAAAAAAGUCCGAGGGGAGCGAGAAACAACGAUCUUUGAACUCUUCACGGUCAAAGAAGUCUGAAAAAGGCCUGAGUUCUCCGGACACAAAAAUUAAAAGAGAGAAAAAGGGGAAGCAACAAAUUAUAAAUGCCAGAGGACGGAGCAGAAAUGAGAAGCAGAAACCUAAACCUUCUCAUGUAAUUCUUAAAAAGAAGAGAUUGGAUACAUGUAGUCACAGGGCAUUGCUCAGCUCCCAAGCAAGGAUUUCUAAGGGGCCUGAUCUUGGUCUGAAGCUGAAAAGAAAGAAUAAACAGUCUCAGGGGGCAAGCUGCCAUAUUCGCGCUGGCAGUUCAAAGGAAGAUGAGGAGGAAGAUGAAUGCAGUGAAAGAAGGAAAGAACAAGAAGUUGGAGAAUUCUCUCACUUCAGCUGUAAGCAAGAAAAUCACCAUGAGGAGAAUCAUGAGUUUGAAAGUCAAGAUAAAUCACUAGUGUCUGAAACUGGCAAUAGUUCUCGACAAUCAUCUCCAGAUGGAGCAGGGCUUAAAGAAGCUGAGGAUAAUUCUAAAGGCAUGCAGGUGGAAUGCUCUGUGAGGGAAGACUUUCAAAGAUCAGAGUUAAUGGAAUCUAUUUCUGAAGGAAGAUCCCUUGCUGGUGACACUGAUACAGGAGGGGCCAAAAAAGUUAGAACUCUUAAAAGAAAGAGAAAUACAAUUGAUAUAAGUUCUGAUACUCCUCCGAAGGAAGCAAGUGAAGAGAUCUGUAGUGUUACAGCUGAUGCUGUCUCUUCAUCACCAUCUGGGGGUGAGGUGGGUAAUUUUAUUGAGAGAUGUGUUGUCUGCUCCAAAAGACAGAGGGUGGACUUUGAUUCAUGUGAUCAGGAGUUCUGUUCUUGCAAUGCAAAAGAUAUAAAGGAACUUGGAGCUGGGGAUGGGACAAGACUUAUUGAAGAAUGUCACAGUGUUGGGCGGGACGACGAAAUUCCUUUUAUCCUUCGAGUUGAAGUUGACCAUAAUGCUUGUGUAGUUUGCAAGCUUGGUGGAAAGCUCUUGUGCUGUGAUGGAAAGUGGUGCAAGAGGAACUUUCAUAUCUCUUGCCUUGAUCCUCCUUUGAAGAAUGUCCCACCAGGUGUAUGGUACUGUUUUUUGUGUGUCAAGAAGAAGAUAGAACUUGGUGUCCAUUCAGUAUCUGAACAAAUAGAAUCCAUUUGGGAUGUUCGACAAGUUGAUGUGUCAGAAAAGGAAGGAAUGCAGAGGCAGAAGCAAUAUCUAGUGAAGUACAAAGAUCUUGCUCAUGUUCACAACCGUUGGGUUCCUGAAAGUCAGCUGCUUCAAGAGGUUCCACUGCUUGUUGCCAAAUUCAAUAGGAAAAGCCAGUAUGUAAGAUGGAAACCAGAGUGGACUAUUCCACAUCGUCUUCUACAAAAAAGGUUAUUAAUGUCCCCCAAAGAGCGUGAUGAAUACAAAAGAAAGCAUGGUACCGAUAUUUCAGACUGCUAUCAUGAGUGGUUGGUAAAAUGGAGUGAUCUUGGUUAUGAGCAUGUUACAUGGGAGUUUGAAACUUCAUCUUUUUUGAGGUCAAAUGAAGCUAUUAAAUUAAUAGGAGACUAUGAAAGUCGCCGUGAGAAAGCAAAGAGAGCAUCCGAUCCAUCUAGAGAUGAUAAGGUACAGCAGGAAUUGAAAGGUUCUUUCUUGGAACUGUCAAAGCUUCCAGGAGGAUGUCCUCCUGAACUUGAUUGCCAUUUAACUUUCGUCAACAAGAUCCGUGAGUGUUGGCACAAGGGCCAGAAUUCUUUCCUCAUCUAUGACCAGGAGCGGUUUAUGAAGGUGAUAUUAUUUAUACUGUCCUUGCAGUCUGAUGUAUGUCGGCCUUCCCUCAUCGUUUCAAGUGCUCUUUCUGUAUGGGAAACUGAGUUCUUGCAUCUAGCACCAUCAAUCAAUGUUGUUGUCUAUAAUGGGAACAGUGAUGUCCGGAAGUGUAUUCGUGCACUGGAAUUUUAUGAAGAAAGCGGUUGUCUAAUGUUUCAAGUUCUUCUGUCUACUCCAGAUGCCGUUAUCGAGGAUUUAGAAGUUUUAGAAUGCCUAGGAUGGGAAGCAUUAAUUGUUGAUGAGUGCCAACACUCCCGAGUGUCAAAAUAUUUUGAACAAAUGAAACGACUAUCAACUGAUUUUAGGCUUCUUGUUGCCAGUGGUCAGAUAAAGGAUAGCCUUGCUGGAUACCUCAAUCUAUUGGCAUUCCUUGAUUCUGGGGGUGAAGGGGCCAGCCCUGAUGGUUUGAAGGUUGACUCUAGUGAUAAUAUUGGUAAACUGAAGGAGCGCUUGACACAGUUUGUUCCGUUUGAGUGCAAAUCUGAAUCCUCUAAGUUUGUAGAGUAUUGGGUUCCUGUUGAACUUUCCAACAUACAACUUGAGCAUUAUUGUUCUACUUUACUUUCAAAAGAAAUGUCUCUUCGAUCAUGUUCAAAGAACGAUUCUGUUGAGGCCCUUCGUGAUAUACUUAUUUCUGCAAGGAAGUGCUGUGACCAUCCCUAUCUUUUGGAGCCUUCUUUGCAAAGCUUGCUUACUAAAGGUCUUCCUGAGGUGGAGUAUUUGGAUGUUGGAAUAAAAGCAAGUGGCAAGCUGCAACUUCUUGACAAGAUCCUUCAAGAGAUGAAAAGAUGUGGCUCAAGAACACUGAUCCUUUUUCAGUCAUUUGGUGGGUCUACGCUUGGAGAUAUUUUGGAUGACUUUCUGCGGCAAAGAUUUGGGCCUGAUUCUUAUGAACGUGUUGAUGGAUUGGUCAGUCCAAAGAAGAAGCAAGCUGCCAUUAACAUGUUUAACAGUAGGGAGAGAGGGAGAUUUGUGUUUCUAUUAGAAAAUCGAGCUUGCCAUCCAAGCAUUAAACUUUCGUCAGUGGACACUAUUAUUUUGUUUGAUAGUGAUUGGAACCCACUGAAUGAUUUAAGAGGCUUGCAAAGGAUCCAUAUUGAUUCACAGCUCGAACGGCUGAAAGUUUUCCGUUUGUAUACAUCUUGUACUGUCGAAGAAAAAAUUCUAAGUCUUGCAAAGCAAGAUGUUUCUCUGGAUAGCAAUAUACAGAAUAUAAACCGCAGUGUUUGUCAGAUGCUUCUUAUUUGGGGUGCCUCCUAUCUAUUCAGUAAAUUGGAUGGGUUCCAUGGUGGUAAUACGUCAGAUUCAGAUUUAAACAUUUUGUCCAAUGAGUCAUUUAUGAAUGCUGUAGUGGAGGAAUUGUUGAUACAAUUGCCCCAAAAUGCUGACAACUGUAAAAAAAACAACUGUUCGUUCAUUUCAAAGGUUAAUCAGAGUGUUUCAACCUAUUCAAGGGAUAUUCCUUUACUUGGGGAGAGUGAAAUGCAGUUGAGCGAUGAAGAGCCACCCCAUGUUUUUUGGACAAAAUUAUUGCAGGGAAGGUAUCCUCGGUGGAGAUACUUGUCUGGGUCGUCUCAUAGGAGACGAAAAAGAGUUCAGUAUUUUGAUGAAUCACCAAGAAAAUCAGACAUUGAGGGUGAUGAAGCUAUAAAGAAGCGCAAGAAAGUAGCUAACAAUGCCAUUGAUCCAAUCUCUCUCAAGCCUUGGCUAGAAGACAAAAGAAAAGUACUUGCUGGGGGUAAGGAAGGAACAUCUGGAGCUCAAGCUGGCAAUGUGUCUCCAUCCUUGCCAAGGUCAGCAGUUAUGAGUGACACAAAUCAUGCGUGCUCCUCACCUAAUGAAGUUUCUGGUGGAUCAGAUACUCACUUUGUUGAAUCUGAGGAAAGAAGAAAACUACGUGAUGCCCAGAAGAGUCUUCAUCUCUUAUUGAAGCCAGAGAUAUCAAAACUCUGUGAAAUCCUAAAACUUCCUGGGUACAUCAAGGUUAUGGCUGGAAGGUUUCUCGAGUAUAUAAUGAAUAACCAUCAUGUUAAUAGAGAACCAGUGGCCAUAUUACAAGCUUUUCAGAUCUCUGUGUGUUGGACAGCUGCUGCUUCCUUUAAGCACAAGAUUGACCACAAGGAAUCACUUGCACAUGUAAAACAGCUUUUGAAUUUUGAAUGCAAGGAGGAAGAAGUGGAAUUUAUCUUUUCAAAAUUGUGGAUGCUGAAGAAAAUGUUUUAUCGUUGUAUGGAAAGCUCUACCGAAUUGAAAUCUGUAGAAGAUAGUUCACCUAGAAUAAAAUAUGUUUCAAAAAUUCUUCCAUGUGCUAGUUCUUCACAAUCAGUGACAUCUGCCCAGGAAGAGUUGGAAGGAGAUAUCAGAGAUAGCUGUCAGAGUCUUAACUUUCCUCAAUAUGUUCUUGCCAAGCAAGUGCGGUCAACUGAUUUUGAUAAAACCAGUUGGUCGCAGAAGAAUGAUUUCGUGAAUGUUAGCCAAUUUAACAGAAUUUGUGUGAAGAGGAUAAAGACGCUCCUCCAGAAGCAACGUGAAGAAGUUCAGAAGUUCAAUAAAAUCAGGCAGAAGGAAAAAGCAAAGCUGGAGGAAGAGCUAAAAUCAAAGUUGGCUCUUAUCCACACAGUACAUGAACACAACUCCAUUAGAUUAGUUAAGAUAAAGAUGGCAGAGCAAGACCAUGCAAAGAAGAUAGAAGAGAACAAUCAGCAUUGGGAAGUACUCAGGAAAAAUCUUGAGGCCUUGCAGCUGGUGGCAAGGAAUAGGGAGAAGCAGAUGGAGGCUCAUUGGUUGGAGCAAGCCAAGUCUUGGAUAUCAGUUGGGCUAUUUUCUAAGCUUCCUUUGCCGGUUUCUGGGUUCAGGUUGGAACAAAUGAUGGCUUGUGAGCUAGGUGCCACCCAAAUUUCUGGACCUCCUUCAGAAAAAUCUGAUCCUAACAUAACUUUUCCAACCAAGCCAGGUGAGGUUCUACCUUCUGUAACAGAAACUACUCCAAAUAAAACCACAGAGGCCAGUGUCCCUCGUUGCAGAGAGGGCAGUGGAGUGGAUGCUACUCUCGUCACGCAGCCUGAAAGGGAGGAUGGUGGAACAGAUGCCACCGUCUCCGUGCAGUUUAAUGGGGACAGUAACAGAAUUGAUACUAUGCUUGAUAUGCAGCCUAAAAGAGAGGAUGAUGGAAUGGAUGCUUCUGUUGUCAUGCAGUCUAAUGAAGAUGGCAACAGUUUAGAUGCUACACUUGACAUGCUGCCUAAUAGGGGGGGUGAUCGAGUUGAUUUUAUUGGUCUUGACAUGCUGUCUAAUGGAGAUAACAAUGGAUUGGAUGGUACAGUUUCCAUGCAUUCUGUUAGAGUUGAGGGAAUAGAUGCUACAGUUUUCAUGCAGCCUCAUAGAAACAGCAAAGGAAUGGAUUCUACUUAUGGCAUGGAGUCCCGUAGAGAGGACAAUGCAAUGGAUGCUACAGCCUCAGAAAGGGAAAUUCUUGCUGGAGAUGAGCAACACAAUAUGGCUGACAAUUCCAACAGUGUAGAUUUGUGUUCCUUCGAGCCAAUUCAGAUGGACUCACAUUCUUUAUCUCUUCCACAUGUUACAGCUGCCCAGAACAGUUUAUUUCCAUUGGAUGAGGUAUAUAGAUGGCCUCUCUCCCCCCCCCCCCCCUUUAUUUUCCCUUCUUUUCCCUGUUAA